ACUUUUGUAGUUGGUUUUGGCACAACGAUAGACUGACAAAAUGAACAAAUUUCUAGUAAGCCUCGGUUUGGUUGUUCUUGCUGCAAGCUGUGUAGUUUGCGCACCAAAAUCCAGCGAUGGUGGAAGACAUCGAGGAGUGAUCGAGGAAGCAGAUGUGCAGAUUGGUGAAAUCGUCAAACCAUACAUCGGCGAACGAAGAUUGGUGUCAAAGGCACUGCAAAAGUUCCUUAAAGAAUCCGAUUACCAAGUCAUAAAAGAUCUUUCUCGUGAUUUCAACAGACACAAGGCCAAGUGCGAAGAUAUUGAAAAGAAAAUGAAUGACACCAUCGAAGACCUCAGCAACUGCCUCGAAGGCAUCUCCAUUGGAUCUAAUACCGUCUGCUCCACCGUUCAACAUGCAGUUGAGAAAUGCGCCAAGCCAGUCAUUGAAUUAGUAAGCGGAUGUUUACCAGAAGAAUCCAGAGAACUUCCCGCCUUAGCUGAAGGAAUUAGUCUCGGUCUUCUCAAACAAGCUUGCAGUUCUACAGUAGAAGAAAUGUUGGAAUUGUUCAACCCAUGCCAAUGGAAGAGUUUCGGAAGAAUUGAAAAAACAGAUUCCUGCAAAGCCGUCGCCACUGAAGUAGAAAGUUGGGAUCAAAAGAAACCACUUCCUACCACUGAGAACAUUUGCACAGUUUUGCCCAAAAUCAAGAAAUGUUCCUCCGACUUCCACGGCCAGUACUGCAAGAAUCCCGUGACUCUCAGCUCCUUUGCCAAAUUCCACAAGGCCGUCGAAGACAGGACUGAAAAAAUUUGUCACAAUCCCGUCAAAAACGAAGUCGCUUAAUUUAUGAAUGUUAGUUUUUGUUAAAUAAAUUUUAUACUGUUAUUUUUAUUCCUUUAUCUUUUAUUUUUGGCCAGUUUUACAUUUUUUAAAUAAAUAAACCUACAUCAAUUAUAGAUAGAAGAAACUAUAAAUUUAAAAUCAUCUCAAACUACGUGCUACUAAUGAAUAUCACUGGAUCAAUAGAUUCUAUAAGCACGAUUCAGGAAUAUAUCACAGACUUACUAGCCUUGCCCGAUAGGCUCAGUCAAGUUUACCCCCAUUUAAAGGAAAUAUCCAUAAAAUGCAAAUUCAUGUCCUUAAGGAAAAAAAUCUAUAAUUCCCUUGGUAAUGAGGCAUCGGACUGGGAAAGAGACACAUUUCAAUUAAGCCAACAUUAAGAUUAACCUCUCUACUUCAAUGGAAUAUUGAUGGAUUUUUCCAUCGCCUUGCUCCAGUAACUACAAAUCUGGAAGUUGAAGGUGGAGAAAUACAAUCAUCAAACAGGUAUUUUAUUUGCAAUGUUUACUUACCAUUCAGUCACCAAAUACGUACAACGAUUUAAAGGAUUUAUUCAAUCAAAUAUCAUCCUCUGCAUUAUUGUGGGCGAUUUGAAUAGUUAUAAUAUUAUCUGGGAAUUCCCUUCAGUUAUACAGUUGCUAAAGGAAGAAUUGUCGAAAAUAUAAUUUCAGAUUUUCAAUCGACUUUUCUUAAUGACGGAUCUCCAACCAGAUUUAACACUAAUACCGGAGAUUCUCCAGCAAUUAAUCUGUCUUUGCGACAAUGCACUCACACCUCGAUUAUUUUGGAGAAGCUUUACAAUACACGUAUGGGAGCGACCAUCAUCCUAUAGUAAUAAAACAUUUUAUGGCUCUGACCCAUGAGAUUUUCUUACCCAGAUGGAAAACUGAAACCGCCGAUCGGUAAAAAUGGCUGAAAGCAAUGAUGGGUCCUUAAAGAAUUUAAAUAGCAAUAUUAUGAGUAGUGCUAAGCAAUUUGUUGGGAAAACAAAAAAGACAAUAAAUAAUCAGAUUUCUGUACCUUGUGGGGCUGCUAUCAGAGCAAGGAAAACUUCAUUUUAUAAAUAUAAGAGAUAUAAAACACCUGAAAAUAAAAUCAUGUUCAAAUCACUUAAAGCUAAGACACAGCUCAUUAUAAAACAAGCUAAGAACAAAGUCCUCCUGGUCCAAGAAUUUUUUAGAAAUGUAUUCCUCAACUCCUGUCAGCGAAGUGUGAAAAAAAAAUAAAUAUCUCUUGUUUUAAAUACACGUCAAUUAUUUCUAAAUUAAAAGUAGACAAAAAGAUUUCAUUUUCUCCUUAUGAAAUAGUUAACACCUUAACUGAAACUUUGAAAGAAAUGUCUUCAAAUAGUAACUACAAUGAUACAUUCCUUAAAAAGAAAAUACUGAUAUCUUUGCAAAUGAUAAUUUAAACGAUCCAUUAGAUGUACUUCCACUAUUGAAGAACUAGAAAAUGCUUUUUCCGAAUUAAAAAACACUAGCAAGGGUCCACACGACGUCCCGGUUAUAUUUUUAAAACAUCUUGCUUACUCAGAAAAAUUAUUUAUUCUUUAACUUUUUAACUUACUUUCUUCAAUUUGGUCUAAAGCUAUUACAUUACCUUUUUUAAACUCUCAAAAAUCAAACCUAGAACCUGAUUCAUACAGGUCUUAUAAGCAAAUUAAUGGAAAAAGAGGUAAAUCUUAUAUUAACGUGGACAUUAGAAUCAUCAAAGCGCUUAAUUUUGGCACAAUAUGGUUUUAGACAAAAUCGCUCGGAUAUUGACAAUAUACUUGAUCUAAAAUAUAACAUUCAUGAAGCGCUAGCAACCAAGCAACACUCUAUUGCAAUAUUUUUUAAUUUGAAAAAGGCACUUAAUACUUGUUGGAAAUUCAAUAAUUUCAAAGAAUUAUUAUUGAAUUGGUCAUCUCCAUCUUCGGUCUUUGUACAGAAAUGCAUUUAAUUUUCAGUUAGUAAAUCAUAAAAGAUAUUUCUGUUGUUUAUAUUCAAAACCAUGAUCAAUUUUUGCUUGACAUAUUGUAAGCUGAUAUUAGUAUUCUGUUGAUAUUGUCACGGUAGGAGCUGAAGGAUUAGUAUCCCCAGCCUCCAAGUUUUCAAAUUUUUUCCUUAGUUCACAGUCUUUUUCUUGUUCGUUAUUUUCAUCAGAUGUAGUUGGUCCCUGUUUAUAGUAAAAUUUCAAACAGCGAAGUUUACGGGAAUGUUUUUACCUUUUGCCGUCAUCACUUUUGUGACAGGGUCCUUAAGAAGAAUUUUCUGCCAGCCAACAAGGAGAAUAAUGAAAGUGAUGAUGUGUAGCUGGAGACUUUAAAUGGUGGCGUAGCUUAUGAUAUGUUUAGACUUUGAUCGAAAUCGAAAAUGUCGUCCACUCCAAUGCGAUCUAGAGCUUGACUGUCUAUCAACACAUCUUUUUUCCUUGGGCUUUUUUCUUUUAUCUUUUUCCCUUCUUCUUCACCUGAGGCAGAGCUGGAACUAGACGAAAUUGUAGCGUUUUAAAUUUGUUUAACUAUAAAAUAUUUUCUGUAUUAAAUUUUGUAGUACGCCCCUGAGUUUUUGUCUUUUGUACGCAUUCAAAAUUAACAAGAAAUAAUUUAUGUAUGUGUUAAAAAUUGCGUUUAUUUUUUUACGUUUCUUGAAGUCAGUUGAGGAAUGUCUCAAGGUUAAAUUUCGGUUUAAUUCGGCGUAGAAGUUAAAUGUAUUUAGAAGUGGAUUUCAAACGGGAAAUGUUUCAAGGUUGUUUGAUGAGAUAGGCAAAAAGGAUGUUUUUUUGAGUUCGGUGGACGAACUAGCAUCGGGAGACGUGAUGGGAAGGAUUGGCGUUUCGUUUGUAAAUCGAACGAAGAGUUUCAAGUGGGAAGAAUGGCUUGAACAGAACGGAGGUUAACUGUUAGGUAGUGACCCGGCAUUAAUUCGCCAGAAAUAGUGGACUUUCACUCAUGUAAUGUGUCAUAUUUGAAAGAGUGACCACUGCUUAGGUUUUCUGAAGAUUUUCGAAUGUUUGAAAAAUGAACAAGUUUGGUUCCUGUUUUUUUUUAAGAAAUCCCGUUUUUCCAAGAUUUGUGCAAAUGCCUUUUCAGCUUAUUUAGCAUUUUAUUGGAGCAGUUUUGUAUUUGAACGUGCCAGUGUGCCAGUUUCAGCCUCCAAUGGAUAAAGCUUUUCGUUGAUGAUGUCCAGAUAGAUACCCCAGAGAUAUUAGCAAGUUUUUUUAAAAGUUAAGUGUGAAAUAUGUGAUUUAAGGUAACAUUAAAUAAUUAAUUUUCAAAGUAAAAUGGACAUUUUCUAUCAAUAAUUGCUUUCGUUUAAAAUUUAAGAAUCUGUAAUAAUUAAAAUUAUAUUUUACUAGGGCGUGGUUUAAACUGACAUAAUUUUAUUCUGUCUUAAAAUGUUGUGUUAACAUAUGACAGUUAGCUUUAACCUGUUUGUUUAUUGUAAAAAAAAUUUAAUUUGAUUAUAUAGAAAAGAUGUUUUAUAGAAAAGGUUAAAUUUUAAAAAUUAAUUAUUCUACGAUAUUUUCAUUUACAAGGAUAUCCUUAAUUUCAAUAAUCUAUUUUGGUCACAUUAAUAUAUAACCUAAUAACCAUUUUGAAAGAUUUUGUAGCAAUCUCCUUUGUAAACAGAUAGACACGUAAGUUUUUUCUAAUUUUGUAUAUUGCAACUAUGUAUAUAGUAUAUUUUUUGUGCCAUUUGUAUUUUUGAUAACUGUUUGUUUGAGACGAAAAUAAAUGUUUAUUUCUCUGAUUC